UGCAUCAUUUCAACGAGGAUACCGGUGUACUCGGGGAAUGGUAUAUACACCCAUGACCUAUUUGUGGCAGCUUUCCCAUGUACUUCUCCCGGGAAAGAAGCUCUCUCUUCCCUUGGAUGAUCCUUCACCUCUAAUACCGACUCCCAUGUCUUGUAUUCCUCUCUGCAACUGCCAUGCCUGCAUGAGUGCUCUAACAUAUACCCUUAUUGAAGGCUGAUCUUUUCUCUAAGAAAUCGUGUUUUUACAGCCCUGUCAUAGUUUGAAAGGAUCAUAACUGCUUUUGUAUAUGAUGGAGUACAAAUGUUUUGUUGGAAUGGUGAUGGUAUUGAUAUUCUCUGGUUGUGAGCAGAAUGUUAUGAUAUGGAUGGUUUGAGUUACAGUUCAAAGUAACUUGCAUUUCUAUUGCCUUGGGUGCUUGCAGGAAGAAAACGAAAACAUGGUGGUUGGGAAUUUCUAUAUUUAGAAGCAAUAAGCAUAACACUUUUGUUUUGAUGAGUUGGAUUGGUAUGGGAACCAGGAGCGAUUGUAUAGUUCAAGACAAGAGGAUUCAUAGGGAUUUGUAGCCUGUGUUGUCAAAGAAAGUAUCAUCCUUUGAGAUUUGAAGGGUAAUUGCAUUAGGCUCGCUUGGAUUUGUCCAAAUCUCUGCUUUUGCAAGAGCAGAGGAAAACUAGGACCAAACCCAAGUCACAAUCUGAUUCACAAAGCAAUAUGAAUUCAUGGGAUGAUUUCUUGAUGAUGAUCAGAAGAAAACAACAUCCAGAGAUUGCUGGUACAAGGUCUGGAAGCCCCAGAGGCGAGACAUUGGCUCCUCUUAUGGAAGGUCCUGAACCAGAGAGCUUUGAGAAUAAUGCAGGAAAAAAGGAGGGAAGGAGUGGAUUGCAGCAUUGGAUGAAAAACCAACUUUCAGUAAAAGGUACUUCAGCUUCAUCAGCAUCUGGGUACAAGCGUUCUGAUCUUCAUCUUCUCUUGGGAGUGUUGGGUACUCCUCUGGCCCCUGUGACUGUUAGCAAUAGUCAUAUUCCCCAUCUCUCCAUCAAGGAGAAUCCCAUCGAAGCAUCCUCUGCACAGUAUAUUUUACAGCAGUAUAUAGCAGCUUCAGGAGCCAGGUCUCAAUGUUCAUUUCGGAAUUCUUAUGCAAUGGGCCGAGUGAAGAUGCUAACGUCAGAGUAUGAGACAGCCACCAAAGUGACAAAAACAAAGAAUCCUUCCAAGGCAGCCGAGACAGGGGGUUUUGUUCUGUGGCAGAUGAUGCCAGAUAUGUGGUAUGUAGAGCUUGUAGUUGCAGGCAACAAAGUCUACGCAGGAAGCAAUGGAAAGCUUGUAUGGAGGCACACUCCUUGGCUUGGUGCCCAUGCAGCCAAAGGUCCAAUUAGGCCAUUGCGCCGAGUUCUUCAGGGCUUGGAUCCAAGAUCAACUGCAACUAUGUUUUCUGAUGCAAAAUGCAUUGGUGAGAAGAAAAUUAAUGGAGAAGAAUGCUUCACUCUCAAGCUCACUGUAGAUCCUAAAAUAUUGGCAGCAAGAAGUGAUGGCCCUGUGGACAUUAUUAGGCAUGUUCUCUUCGGUCACUUUAGCCAGAGAAGUGGACUUUUGGUUCACAUGGAAGAUUCUCAUCUCACUCGUAUUCAAUCCACUGGAGGUGAUUCGAUUUACUGGGAAACAACUAUAAAUUCAUUCCUUGAGGAUUACAGACUUGUAGAUGGUGUCAUGAUUGCCCAUUCAGGCCGGACUAUUGCUACUCUAUUCAGAUUUGGAGAGAUUGCAAUGAGCCACACAAAGACUCGAAUGGAAGAAGAGUGGACAAUUGAUGAAGUUGCCUUCAAUGUUCCUGGACUAUCCAUGGAUUGUUUUAUACCUCCUGCUGACAUCAGAAAUGGUUCAGUCAGUGACACCUAUGAGCUUCCUCAUGAAGACAGAGGUAAACAAAUUGUCGGAAAUAGAUCAAAGGUGGCAGCUUUGGAAAAAUCUCAGGAAAAUCUUGAUAAUAUAAUUUGGAGAGUAGAAGUAUAACCUAAUGUUUCAACUUAUCAAGAUUUUGAUCUGAUGUGGAAGUCUCUUCCGGGGACCAAUUGAAAUUUGAAAUCAUUUGACAUUGUUUUCAUCACAUACAGCUUGAAUAAAAGAAAGCUUGCAUUUAAUUAAGGUAAAAUAUGUGUCAACUAGAUCCUUUACUUGAGUAUGGAUGUAUUUUUUGAUUUCAGCGUCAAAAUCUUACAGUGGCAGUGUUUCAGACCUUAUGUAUUCAGUCCUUAAGGGCAAGAGGAUGUUUUUCAGGUUCUUUUUCAAAUGUGGUGGAUGGAAGAUUUUCUUUGAUCAUAGCUGAUAUCUACAGAGUUUACAUGCAGGAUUGAUGCUGAGCAUUGCAAAAUUGGAGGAGACUAAUUCAAGAAAAGUAGAAGAAAGAUUGUUCACUUGUGAUUGAUUCCUGAAGGAUGCAUUUGAGCUAAAAAAGCUUAUGGGGCAUCCUUUAAGGUGUGAAUAGUAUCUGUUUACGUUAUACUGGGCUGUGCUAGGAUUGUUUCUUUGAGGUGGAGAACAUUAUUUAAUAGUUCAGUGUUUGUACUAUGCUAUAUAUGUGGAUUUGUACAUGAAGUGCUUUUGAGUAAGCUUAUAUCAAUUUAGUUCUGUGAUCACUUAUACCAAUGUCUCGGUCACUGUUCCCUUUUGAGUUGGGACUUUGAUAUUCA